ACUGGGAGGGGCGGGGCUUGUGGUCGUGUCGUCAAUCACCCACCGAGCCGCUCGGUCCGUCUUUCAUUCAUCACGGAGCAGCUUCCAUCCGACCGGCGAGCUCAAGGACACCACCGUCAGCCGUCAUCCGCGGCGGGGCUGCACAGGAAAAAUGACAUGGAGCCAUCUAUCGCACAACAGAGUGCUAUGCUUGUGCUUUUGUGUCGGCACGGAGCCUACUGGUAUGAAGCACUGGAGCCAAGGAUCUACCAAGGAGACAUGAAUGAUUUUGGUGCCCAUGUUGUCAUCACUUGGCCAGCAGGAUAAUCUACCAAAUGAUGGUGUGUUCCUCAGUUUCACAAUGAAGAUUGACACCAGCCUGACUAUCCCCCAGCUGCCAGAGGCGCUGUCUGAGACUGGGCUUCAGUUUGCUGUAGCCACUGAAGAGGAUUUUGAUGAAAUCAUGGCUAUGAGCCAGGACAUCUAUGGGGGCCUUGACUAUCUGCCCACCAGAUACACCACCUGGCUGCAGGAGACCAACCGUACAGUCAUACUGGCCCGCAAACAGGGGAAAGUAAUUGCGCUGGAGUCCGUGUGUGUAAUUGAUGACGGGGAAACUAUGCUGGUGGAAGGUCUUCGUGUCGCCCCCCAGGAACGGGGCAAGGGCAUAGCAAGUGUUCUACUUCGCUUUUGCUCUGAGCUGGUCAGAUCCAAAUAUCCAGAGGUCAAAGUUACUCGUCUGACCCGUGACGACCAACUCGGACCCAAGGACUUCCAGAAAUAUCGCGUUAUAACCAAGCAGGGUAUCUUACUGGUCCGUUUCAGGGCUGAAGAUCUCAAACUCCGUCUCUCUGAGCUUGGUGUGAACGGAGACAUUCGCGCCACUUUGUUGACGACCCAUUCUUCCUCCAACACUCCUCCAGUGCGUCUCGACCCAACAUCUAUUCACCGACUCUAUGUGACGACUGACCUCAUGCAGGGAGUCCUUCCCAAUGCCACCAUCAUUCAAGACUGGCAGCCAUUCAAGCCCUUGUCCAGUAACAUGACCAUCCUGCUGAACAAGGAGAUUGACUGGAUGGUAGACGAUGUUUCUAGCCCUACUGUGGCCAGCCUCUGUACUUUCCCCUUCAGGGUUCCCAUUGGAGAUGACUGGUUUUACCUGAACAUCGACAUGUUUGGCAAGGACCUGGAUCUGGCUCGGCGACAGUACCUGUGCCACCUGCAGCACCACACCGCCAGCCUGAAGGGUCAUGUGAUGUGCCAGAUGUUCCUGGACCCACCACUUUGGAAACCCAUGGCCGACUUCUGCCAGGACACCUUGAGCGUGGAGCUGGUGAAGGGUUACACCGAGCAGUGUGUGGUUGAGUCAGAUGUCAUUUAGUUACAAGUUACACAUGGUGGAUGGAGGGUUAAUAGGGUUAAUAGGGGGAGCCAGGAAAGAAUAAAGACAGGGGUCUAGACAACAACGAAUGGACACAACAUAGACGACACAGAUACAGUUAACACAAAAAAUACAAUGCUGAGGGUACUAGAGCUAACAAAAUCAGAAUACAUUCAUGGAUAUAUAGGGUUGAUGUUCCAUUAUAUUAACAAAAUAUAAGAAAUGGACACAGUAUCAUCAGCAUACAGCAUUAUACAGUCUACUAAGAUACCCUAUGUGAUCAAAUUUUACAUUUGUUAGGAUUCAAA